AUGACUUCGAAGCUUGCUGCUGCCCGCUAUGGCAAGGACAAUGUCCGGGUCUACAAGGUCCACCGGGACCAGAAGACUGGGGUCCAAACGGUUGUGGAGAUGACUAUUUGCGUGCUCCUGGAGGGAGAAAUUGAUGUUUCCUACACCAAGGCCGAUAACAGCGUCGUCGUCGCCACAGAUUCAAUGAAGAACACCAUCUUUAUCCUCGCCAAGCAGCACCCGGUCACCCCUCCCGAGCUUUUCGGGUCCAUUAUCGGCACUCACUUCAUUGAGACCUAUAAACACAUCCAUGUUGCCCACGUGAACAUCAUCACCCACCGAUGGACACGGAUGACUAUUGACGGCAAACCGCAUCCGCACUCGUUCCUGAGAGAUGGAGCGGAAACCCGAAAUGUGCAGGUCGAUGUGACUGAGGGCAAGGGCAUCGAGAUUGCGUCGAGCAUCUCCGGCCUCCACGUUCUGAAGAGUACUGGUUCCGAAUUCUGGGGCUUUAUUCGCGACGAGUACACCACCUUGCCGGAGACUCGGGACCGCAUCCUGAGUACCGAGGUGGAUGCCACGUGGAAGUGGAAGAAAUUCGACAGCCUCCAGGCGGUCAAAGCAGACAUCCCGAAAUUCGACAGGGCUUGGAGUCUCGCGCGGGAAAUCACGCUCAAGACGUUCGCUGAAGAGGUCAGCGCCAGCGUGCAGGCUACGAUGUAUAAGAUGGCCGAGAAGAUUAUCGCGGCCGUCCCUGAUGUUGAGACGGUCGACUACUCCUUGCCGAACAAGCACUACUUUGAAGUUGAUCUCAGUUGGCACAAGGGCAUCAAGAACACCGGCAAGGAUGCUGAAGUUUACGCCCCUCAGUCCGGCCCUAAUGGCCUGAUCAAGUGCACCGUAUCGCGCUCCGUCAGCGCCAAAUUAUAA